CUCAUACGCAGGUGCCACUCCUCAUACAGAGUGUAUUCUUUCACAGAUUUCCGUGGUGACAACAAGACUCUUAGCCUUAUCAGGUUUAAUUGUUCUCCAGCUAAGGUAAAGUUCAAGAGGCAAUGGCAUAUCCCUUGACAGAUUGGAACACGGGCCUCUUUGACUGUUGUGAGGACAAAUGUUCUUGUUGUUAUGGUUUCUUUUGCUGCCCUUGCCUUGCCUGCACGGUCUCAGGAAACUUUGGAGAGAGCGGUUGUCUCCCGUUAUGUGACAUGUGCAGCCCGGCCAUAACGGCAGCCUUUGGCAUACCUCUGUGUGUGCCUCCUGUAGCCUUGGCUCUACGGGUUGGCAUUCGACACAAAUAUGGUAUCAAGGGCUCUCUCUGUAGGGACAUAGCGAGUUCCUGUUUCUGUGAGUGGUGCUCCUAUUGUCAGAUGCACCGAGAGUUGAAAUAUCGCAAGCAAAACAAGACCGUCAUCGUCAACAUGCAGCCUGCUCCAAUGAUGGUUGUAAACUAAAUUCUGCGGGUUUUCUGAGCCAACCAGGAGUUGUUAUGGUUAAUUCAUACUGAACCUUGUGGCUUUGAUUUAGCUCAGAUCUAUUAUCUAUGGUGUGAUGAUGCUGUGGACGUUCAUUGUAAAAGCUGAUUAUUUUUGCUUGGGUGUGGGAGACAGGGAUAUACACAAUUGUAAUCAUUUUGAAUUGUGUCUCCGUGGAAUCUGAGCUUGCUGGGUAAAUGUCUACAUUGUAGACAUAAUGCUACAAUAUUGAUAAUCAUGGGAUUCUAUGGUGUAAGUUGGUAGAUUUGAUAAGUUAAUCACUCUUUUUAAAGACCAAGGGCUUAUCUUACUUAAUAAAAGUGAACUACUGUUGUAAAGGUCUCAAGAUGAAGGAUCAGGAAUAAGCUUUUAAACGUGAAAGAGUUUGAGAGCAGAGGUCUGCAUCUGUUACCACAUUACCAAAACACUAACAUGUCUGUUGUUGCUUUAGGUCAGGGGUCACCAACCUUUUUGAAACGGAGAGCUACUUCAAGGGUACUGAGCAGUACGAAGGGCUACUUGUU